AUGUAUGGUCAACGUAAACGGGGGUAUGGUGUUGUUAGGUCGUCCUCUUCUGGAGCUGGACUUGCUUCUUCUUCGGCUCUUGCUGUUGCUCCUGUUUUUCGGCGUCCUCAGCUCUCUUCACGGAUGCGUUCUGCUGGUGUUCUUCUGAAUUAUGUUGAUUUUGGUGAUUGUGAUUGCAUAUGGUCGUUGUUGCAAGUCUGGGCUAAUGUUGAUGAGGAAAUAAACGAUGGUCGUGGUCCGUAUGUGUUUAAGGUUUCGGGACAGAUUAGUCAUAAAAUUGGUUCGUUCUGUCCUGAUCCUACGAAGGGGCCUAGGUUUCUUCAGUUGUAUCUCUUUGAUGCUGAUAAUGAGGUAUGCUUUGCCUUUGCCUGGAUCCUUGGGUUGCAUUGUUACUGGUGA